UAAUAAUUAAUAAUCUAACUUCUAAGCCCUAAGGCCGUGUUUGGUGCUUGUAAUAGUGACAUUUAUCAAUUGUCAGUAAUAUUAUAAAGUUUAAACGUCGAAAAUCGAAAUUAUUAAGUUGUUAUAAUAAUAGCAUAUAUAUCUAUCAAAGUAUAAGAAUGAAAAUUCACAAUUCGCAGUUUUAAAUUAAUUUAUAAAUUGUAAAUCGACAAAUGGCAAUGGCUGCGCCACCGGCAGCAUUAGUGAGCAAGAUUAAAAAACAUUUUAUUGGUAUACCAGCCCCUCUGGGAUAUGUUGCUGGUGUUGGACGAGGAGCUACAGGGUUUACAACCCGAUCGGAUAUAGGUCCUGCACGAGAUGCCAAUGAUGUCUCAGAUGACCGCCACGCACCACCUACGAAAAAGAAGAAAAAAGAUGAAGAAGAAGAUGAUGAUGAAGAUUUAAAUGAUUCCAAUUAUGAUGAAUUCAGUGGUUAUGGUGGUUCUUUAUUCAGUAAGGAUCCAUACGAUAAAGACGAUGAAGAAGCAGAUAUGAUAUACGAAGAAAUUGAUAAACGAAUGGAUGAAAAGCGUAAAGAAUACAGAGAAAAACGAUUGAAAGAAGAGUUAGAAAAAUAUCGUCAAGAGCGACCUAAAAUACAGCAACAAUUUAGUGACUUAAAACGAGGGUUAACUAUGGUUAGUGAAGAUGAAUGGAGGAAUAUUCCUGAAGUUGGUGAUGCUAGAAACCGAAAACAAAGAAAUCCAAGAGCGGAAAAAUUUACCCCACUUCCUGAUACUGUACUUUCACGAAGCCUUGGUGGGGAGACUACCUCUUCAAUUGACUCAGCUAGCGGUAUUAUGAGUCAGUAUCCACAGGGAACAAUUACUCCUGGCAUGUUAACUCCAACAGGAGAUCUUGAUUUAAGAAAGAUGGGACAAGCACGUAACACUUUAAUGAAUGUCAAACUUAAUCAAGUAUCAGAUUCUGUUGAAGGACAAACUGUUGUUGAUCCAAAAGGCUACUUGACUGAUUUACAUAGUAUGAUACCUACAUAUGGUGGUGAUAUUAAUGAUAUAAAAAAAGCUAGAUUAUUAUUGAAGUCUGUCAGAGAAACUAAUCCAAAUCAUCCACCUGCUUGGAUUGCUUCAGCUCGGCUCGAAGAAGUUACUGGUAAAAUUCAAGCCGCUCGUAAUGUAAUCAUGAAAGGUUGUGAGGAUAAUCCAAAAUCUGAAGACCUUUGGUUAGAAGCAGCUCGGUUACAACCUCCAGAAACUGCCAAGGCUGUUAUUGCUCAAGCUGUUAGACAUAUUCCUACAUCAGUUCGUAUAUGGAUCAAAGCUGCUGAUUUAGAAACAGAAUCUAAAGGAAGAAGAAAAGUUUACCGAAAGGCAUUAGAACAUAUACCAAAUUCAGUUAGAUUAUGGAAAGCAGCCAUUGAGUUAGAAGAUCCAGAAGAUGCUAGAAUUCUGUUGAGUCGUGCCGUAGAAUGCUGUCCAACUAGUGUAGAUUUAUGGCUAGCCUUAGCUCGCUUAGAAACAUAUGAAAAUGCACGAAAAGUAUUGAAUAAAGCUCGUGAAAAUAUUCCAACUGAUAGGCAGAUCUGGACUACGGCUGCUAAGCUUGAAGAAGCUAAUGGCAAUAUCAAUAUGGUUGAAAAAAUUAUAGAUAGAGCAAUUUCUUCUCUGACAGCAAAUGGGGUGGAAAUUAAUAGAGAACAAUGGAUUAAAGAAGCAAUAGAAGCAGAAAAAUGUGGAUCGGUUAAAACAUGCCAAGCUCUUAUCAAAGCGAUUAUUGGCCAUGGUAUUGAAGAUGAAGAUCGCAAGCAUACAUGGAUGGAAGAUGCUGAUGCUUGUGCUAGUCAAGCAGCUUAUGAAUGUGCUCGAGCCAUAUUUGGCCAUGCUUUAACAGCAUUCCCUAGUAAAAAAUCUAUUUGGUUAAGAGCAGCAUAUUUUGAAAAAAACCAUGGCACAAGAGAAUCUUUGGAAUCUUUAUUACAAAAAGCUGUUGCUCAUUGUCCAAAAUCUGAAGUAUUGUGGUUAAUGGGAGCAAAAUCAAAAUGGUUAGCCGGUGAUGUUCCAGCAGCCCGAGGUAUACUUUCCCUGGCUUUUCAGGCGAACCCAAAUUCGGAAGAAAUCUGGCUUGCUGCUGUUAAAUUAGAAUCUGAAAAUUCAGAAUUUGACCGUGCUAGGCGUUUAUUAUCGAAAGCUAGGGCUUCAGCGCCAACACCCAGAGUCAUGAUGAAGUCGGCUAAACUGGAGUGGUGUUUAGAUAACUUAGAUACCUCACUACAAAUACUCGACGAAGCAAUACUUAAAUUUCCUGAUUAUGCCAAACUGUGGUUGAUGAAAGGACAGAUUGAAGAACAACAAGGGGAUGCUGAUAAAUCUCAUGAAACAUACAACACUGCAUUAAAAAAAUGUCCAACUUCUAUUCCCUUGUGGAUAUGGUUGGCAAGGUUAGAUGAGAGACGAAAAAUGUUAACAAAAGCCAGAUCAGUUUUAGAAAAAGGUCGUUUGAAAAAUCCACACAAUCCAGAUCUUUGGUUAGAAGCUAUACGUAUUGAAUUUCGGGCUGGUAUGAGAGACAUUGCAAACACAAUGAUGGCAAAAGCAUUGCAGGAGUGUCCAAAUGCUGGGAUCCUGUGGUCAGAAGCUAUAUUUUUAGAAGCGAGACCCCAACGAAAAACAAAAAGUGUUGAUGCUUUGAAAAAGUGUGAACACGAUGUCAAUGUUCUGUUGGCUGUUUCAAAAUUAUUCUGGAGUGAACGCAAAUUGCAAAAGUGUCGAGAAUGGUUUAACAGAACUGUGAAAAUCGAUCCAGAUUUCGGAGACGCUUGGGCUUAUUUCUAUAGAUUUGAAUUAUUACAUGGUACAGAGGAAGCCCAAGAGGAAAUAAAAAAGAGAUGCAUUUCGGCUGAACCACAUCACGGAGAAGCAUGGUGUAGCGUAUCAAAAAAUAUUGAUAACUGGAGACUUACUACUGAAAGUAUAUUAAUAUUGGUUGCUAAAGAUCUCCCUAUUCCUAUUUAAAUUGUAUAUGUAUUUGCAUUUAAACUGUUUAGUUAAUCAAAUAAAUGCAUAUGAUCCAAUUAAUUACUUUGUAAUUUGUAAAUUAUAAUGAUUAUAUAAUAAUGAAUGAUGAUGACAAUACAAUUUUUUUUUUUUU